AUGCUUCUUGACCCUGCCCCAGUUGCAUCACUCACUUUACCAAUACCCACUUCCGUUCGAUUUCGCUACUUUUCUGACCGAACAGAUUCACAAGGUAAUGUUCAGUACAUUGCACAACAACCAUCACCGCCCGCGAUAAGCAAUCGAUCCUCGACCGCUGCCCGGUUGGCAAAUCGUAUGCGCCAGGUGAACCAGACCAACGGACCACGACAGUCGAUCAGUGGCAAAUCGGGGACCGCAAAAAAUGGCACACUCGACGGUGCCGCUCCAGUAUUCUUCGAAGAGAUCGUGAACUCGCGGAGAAAAGCCAAAAUGCCCUCGCAGAAUCAACCAAUUGCUUGCUUUGUGGCCAGAAAUUCAUUCUGUUAUUCCAACCGCGUCGUGUCUGUGCCAACUGCAGUCGUCCGGUAUGCCGCCGAUGCUCCGAACCCAUAUCCGAUACCAAUGAGGGGUUAUCGGGCGAUGAAAUGUAACUGGUUCUACGACACGGUAAUGAACAAAUUUCGUGAAUUCGGUAGUACCGCGGUUGCUAAAAAUAUAUUCGGGGACAAGUACAAACAUAUUCAAAAUAUGGCCGAGGAAGAACUGGCCACUGUUUUGCAACGACAUGGCUCGAUCUCAUCGGACAAUCGGGAAUUUGUAGUGAAUGAUCAGAAGGUAGCACCACAAUCUAUGGAACAGGCCAAGGAUGCACAAGUAGUCCAAUUUCGAAAGAAGCUGCAGACACUGAUGCAGAACACGGCAAAAGAAUAUCAACAAUUGGAGAACAACACUAGCCUGACAGAGCAUCAGAAAAAUUGGCAGUUUGGACGUAUUGGUGUUGAAUUUCGUAAAGAAGCGGCCAGUCAGAUGCGUGCGUUUUGCAAAACAAUGUAUAUAACAACUGAAAGGCAUCGAACCAUGCAAGGAGCAAGUAGCAGAAACAUAACAAAGCAAGUAGUGGCCACUCUGCGUGACGAAGUCAGUCAACUUGUCGGACAUCCGCUUCAGAAAGUCAAAUUGGAACGACCUAUGCAUUCGUCCUAUGCGAUUCGUCUCGAUUUGGGAGCCGACUCUAGGUUUUAA